UACACAUUAUUACUGUACAGAUAUUUUGUUUUUUAGGUAAAUUAAGCAAUAUAGUAAUAAUAAUUAUGGUAAAAACAAAGACAAUUGAUAAUAAUUGUCGACUCUGUUUUAAAAAACUCGACGAAAAUAAAUAUUCAUAUAUAUUUGAUAAAUAUACUGAUGAAAACCAGGAUGAAUCUCCUCUGUCAUCUAAAAUUAUGGUCUGCUUGUCAGUCCCGGUGUAUGACGGCGAUGGAUUGCCAAACAAAGUUUGUAUUCCUUGCAAAGACGAGGUAACUAAGUUCUAUUACUUCCGUAAAAAAUGUCUGAAGACGUAUAAUUCAUUAGUACAAGAAUGUCUUGAUAAAAAUAAUUAUUCUCUGGUAAAUAAUCCAGUAGUUGAGGCAAAAGAUGAACAAGAGGAAGUAAUUGACGAAGAGUUUAUCGAUAGUGGCUUUGAAGAGGUCAAAGUAUCAGAACUUGCAGUUACUGAUCCAGAGAUAAUUUUUAAUGGAGAUGAUGGUGGAGGUGAAGAUGGAGAUGAAGAUGAGGAAGUAGUUGAUGAAGAGUUUAUCGAUAGCGGCUUCGAAGAGGCUGUCAAAAAAUCAGAUGUAGUUUUAGAAAAUAUUUAUAAUGAUGAAAAAGUUUUAGAUGAACACGUCGAUGAAGAAUAUUUGAGUAAUAACUUUGAACAUGUCGAUGAGUCUGAACUAAAAGUAGACAAUUCUGUAAAUUACGAUUCACUGGAGAGUGAACCGCAAACUUGUGCUUUGGAAAAGAAUAAAAAAAGUAUUCUGAAAGAAUACAAAUGUUUUUAUUGCCAGUCGGUGUUUGAUAGCUACAAUGGAGCUGCUCAGCACUGUAUUGAAUGUGUCGGGUCUAAACAUCUUGCGAGUGGACACGAAUCUUCAAAGGACGACUGUAAGGAUGGAGAUGAGUUGUAUUCAGACUAUGAAUUUAUGGAGAUCUUGGACACCGAAAAUAAUGAGGCCAAGGAUUCAGCUGAUGAGGUUGAGUUCAUUGAAGAAGAGUAUUGUGAUAGUGAGGAUAAAGUUGAGGGUUUUGAGUCGGGGGCUGAGGAUCAAGAUACUGGUCAAGAAACUGGAGACACUGAUCAAGUAAAAGCAGAAGCUGGUGAUGAAGAAAUUUUUAUUGAAAAAAUUGAUGACGAAUACUUUGAAUCGGGGGAUGAAAUAAAUCUGGAUAGAGAUAAAAAUAAAGAUCCAGAUUUACCGCUAGAAAAAAAUUCGAGUCCACAAGUGCGGACCAAAAGAAUUUAUCGUAAGCGAAAAGUAUAUCCAGAUAAUUAUCCGUGUCCUGAAUGUAGUAAACCUUUCGCAUCUCGAAGUUUAAUGAAGCGGCACUUCUUGAUCCAUACUGGCGAGCGUCCUUAUGUGUGUGAGACUUGCGGGAAACGUUUUUCCCAAGUAGGGGCUUUGAAUUUCCACAAAAAACUCCACGUGAACCCGCCGUACAGAUGUAAAACUUGCGGGAAACCGUUCAUGCGCCCCAGUGACAUCGACAAACACUCGCGGAUUCACACGGGAGAGAAACCAUUCACGUGCCAUUUCUGCGGUAAGAACUUCGCUCAGCUGGUGGCCGUCCAGCAGCACGAGAGGAUCCACACUGGAGACAAACCUUAUCAAUGUAAUAUCUGCGGAAAAUAUUUUUCUCAAAACGCCAACAAGAAGAAGCACGAAAAGAUCCAUCAGAAAGGCGCGAAACCUUUCGUCUGCGACAUAUGCGGCCGCAGUUUCUCCGACACCGUGGAGAUGGGACUCCACAAGGCCGGUCAUGGAGGAAAAAAGGCCCGGCAAUGUGACUUCUGCGGUAUGCGGUUCAAAAAAUUUUCCGAGGUCGCUAGUCACGUAAGAAGAUUUCAUACUUUCGAGCGGCCUCACACUUGCGAAUUUUGCAGCAAAGCUUUUUAUUCGAUCUACAGUUUGAAGCAGCACGUGAUGAUCCACACGGGACAGAAACCUUUUGCUUGCAGUGAAUGCAACAUGAAAUUUACUCAGAAAGGAAAUUUAGCCAAACAUUUUUCGAGGAAACAUCCGGAUAAAAAUUUGAAAGAUACCGGAAGUGUUAAUAAUAAUAAUGAGAAUCGUGAUGAAGAAAAUUGUGAAAAUUCAGUAGACCAAUCCAGUGAAGUUGAAAGUAAAUGAAAUCAUAAAAAUAAAAAGAAAACGCACAACAUGGAAAGAAAAUUAUGGGAAUUUUUGCUAUGCCAUAAUGGUAUGGGAAUGGUUCCUUUAAUUUAUGGGAAUGAUUCCUAUAAAAUAAAGGGUUCAUUCCUAUAUAUCACAGGAACAAUUCCUAUAAAUUAUAGGAACCAUUUUUAUAAUUAUAGGAACCAUUUCUAUAAAUUAGAGGAACCAUUUCUAUAAUUAUAGGAACCAUUCCUAUAAUGUUAUGGCUAGCAUUCCCAUAAUUGUAGGAACUGUUCCUAUAAUUAUGGGGAACAUUCCUAUGUUAGUAUAGGAAAAAAUUUUAUAGAAUUAUGGGAACCGUUUCCAUAAUUUUAUUUCUGUGAAUAAAUAAAAUAUUAAAUUUAUUUUUAUUUGGUCAUUUAAUUUAAAUGAUCAAUUUUAAAGCAAACAAAUUUUUAAUUGCUUGUAAUUUUGUUACUCGUAAUGAAAAUCGUGUAACAAAAAAUUUUUAAAUUAAUUUUACAGUACACUGCACAAAUACUUAAAUUAUUUACUCUCAUAUAAAUAAUAAUAAUAAUUAUGAGAGUCGUGAUAAAGAAAAUCAUGAAAAUUCAGUAUAUAGAUCUACUGAAGUUUAAAGUAAAAAUAAAACGCACAAUAAAUAGAAAUAUUAAAUUUAUUUUUAUUUGGUCAUUUAAUUUAAAUGAUAAAUUUUAAACAAAUUUUUAAUUGCUUGUAAUUUUGUUACUCGUAAUGAAAAUCAUGUAACAAAAAAUUUUUAAAUUCAUUUUACAGUACACUGCACAAAUACUUAAAUGAUUUACUCUCAUAUAAAUAAUAAUAAUAAUAAUUAUGAGAGUCGUGAUAAAGAAAAUUAUGAAAAUUCAGUAUCUAAAUCUACUGAAGUUUAAAGUAAAAAUAAAACGCACAAUAAAUAGAAAUAUUAAAUUUAUUUUUAUUUGGUCAUUUAAUUUAAAUGAUAAAUUUUAGAGUAAACAAAUUUUAAUUGCUUGUAAUUUUGUUGUUCGUAAUGAAAACCAUGUAACAAAAAAUUUUUAAACUUAUUUUACAGUACACUGAAACAAUAGCUUAAUUAUUUACUCACGUUUAAAUAAUAAUAACAAUAAUAGUGAUGAAUCAUGUAAUAAGAUGAUUAGAAAAGUACUAGUCUACGAAAUUUCAAAGUAUAAUUAAUUGUGAAAAUAUCUUUCCUUUAAUUAGUGGCUUAAUUUUACGCUCGGCCCGUCCGCGACUUGCCUAUUUUGUACAGUAUUUAAAUACUAAUUAGAUAAUUAAUUGUGAAAACUAAACGAUAAUACAAAUGAUUGCCUACGAUUGUACAAAAUUAAUUCAUUAAUAAACUAUAAUUAGUAGCUCUCCAGUCGCUUUUUUAUUAAUCAA